UCGAGCUCAGAACCAAGUACUGAAAAAAGGUGUUGUAGAUGAGCAAGCAAACUCUGCUUCUCUGAAGGAGCAACUGAAGAUGAAGGAUCAAUCACUGAGAAAACUGCAACAAGAAAUGGACAGCUUGACCUUUCGAAAUCAGCAGCUUGCCAAGCGGGUGGAGCUACUUCAAGAUGAACUUGCAUUAAGUGAAGCUAGGGGCAAGAAGAACAAAAAAAGUGCAGAAUCCUCAUCUCAGUUGAGUCAAGAGCAGAAAAGUGUCUUCAAUGAAGAUCUUCAAAAGAAGAUAGAAGAGAAUGAACGACUACAUAUACUCUUCUUCGAAGCAGAUGAGCAGCACAAACGUUUAGAAGCAGAGCUGAGAACUCGGCUGGAGGUUCUGGAAACUGACGCUGCCCAGCACCAGGCUGUGGUGGACAGCUUAACAAGGAGGUACACGGAUACCAUAGAGAAGCUGCAGAACGAUAAAGCCAAAUUAGAAAUCAAGUCUCAGACACUAGAAAGAGAAGCUAAGGACUGUAGGCUUCGAACCGAAGAAUGCCAGCAGCAGUUAAAGAAUCUUCAAGCAGCUUUGGGCAGUAGACUGGAAGAAUCUCUAUGCAUAAUCAAUGAGAAAGUACCUUUUAAUGACACAAGAUCUAAUCGAUACAAUGCUCUGAAUGUACCAUUACACAACAGAAGAUACCAGUUGAAGUUGCGAGACCUCGCUGGCCAGGCGCUGGCAUUUGUUCAAGAACUUGUAACAGCUCUUCUGAACUUCCACACGUAUACUGAGCAGAAGGUACAGAUCUUUCCUGUUGAUUCUGCAACAGACACCAUAUCACCCUUAAAUCAAAAGUUCUCGCAGUAUCUCCAUGAAAACGCUUCCUAUGUUCGCCCUCUGGAGGAAGGAGUGCUUCACUUGUUUGAGAGCAUUACAGAAGACACGGUGACAGUCCUGGAAACAGCUGUAAAGUUGAAGGCCUUCUCAGAACACUUAGCUUCCUACUUACGCUUUUUAAGAAAGAUUCUGCCUUAUCAGUUAAAAAGUUUGGAAGAAGAGUGUGAGUCUUCUCUUUGCACAGCUGCUUUAAGAGCUAGAAAUAUGGAGCUACACAGAGACAUGAAAAGAUUGACUGCAGUCUUUGAGAAGCUGCAUACUUAUGUUAGUCUCCUUGCGUUACCAAGUACCAAACCAGAAGGACUUCUUAGGACAAAUUACAACCACGUGUUUACAAACAUCGCUGCCAGUCUUCAUGGAUUUCAUGAGAUUUUAAAAGAUAUUUCCAAGCACUACAGUCAGAAAGCUACUUUAGAACAAGAUGUUCCCACUGCCACACAGAAACUUAUAACUACAAAUGACUGUAUUUUAUCCUCUCUUGUGGCUUUAACAAAUGGAGUGGGCAAGAUUGCUUCGUUCUUUAGCAACAACUUGGAUCACUUCACUGCUUCACUGAGUUAUGGGCCGAAGGGAGGAACAGAGUUCAUCAGCCCUCUUUCAGCUGAGUGCAUGCUGCAGUACAAGAAAAAGGCAGUAGCUUACAUGAAGUCUUUGAAGAAGCCUUGUGCAGAUUCAGUGCCUUAUGAAGAGGCUUUAGCCAACCGCAGAGUUCUUCUGAGUUCCACAGAAAGUAGAGAAGGUCUUGCACAACAGGUCCAGCAGAGUUCAGAGAAAAUUGCAAAACUUGAACAAGAAAAAGAACACUGGAUGCUGGAGGCCCAGUUAGCUAAAAUAAAGCUAGAGAAAGAAAACCAAAAACUGAAGAAUUCCCUUAGUGGACAUUUAGCUGAAGUUAUACAAGAGAGUUCUGUUUUGCCAAAUGUAGCUGAACAAAAGAAGGAAACCACAGAAAAGAGUCUGAGGGAACCUAUUAAAAGUACAAGUCUGAUUGGAAUGUUGACUGUAACUACUGAUAAUGAGAAGGCUCCAGAUGCUGAGUCUCGUGAAGACCUGAUAAAAAACCACUAUAUGGCAAGGAUAGCAGAACUUACAUCUCAUCUGCAGCUUGCUGACAGCAAAUCAGUACACUUUCAUGCUGAGUGUCGAGCACUUGCCAAAAGACUGUCUUUAGCAGAGAAGUCCAAGGAAUCGCUCACAGAAGAGCUGAAACUAGCUAGUCAAAACAUCAGCAGAUUACAGGAUGAAUUGAUGACGACAAAGAGAAGCUACGAAGAUCAGUUAAGUAUGAUGAGUGACCAUCUCUGCAGUAUGAAUGAAACCUUAACUAAACAAAGGGAAGAAAUUGAUACACUAAAGAUGACUAGUAAGGGAAAUUCUAAAAAGACCAAAAAUCGAUAGCUUACAGCAAAUCAACUGUCUUUGGAAGCUGCUGCUGCACAGGAUGCAGAAAGUGAACCUCCAGUGUCCAAUUCCUGUUUGUUCCAGGAAGCAGAGGGUGGUACUGGGUCUAGUGAAAACUGAUUUGGUGCUGUAAAUGGCUUUAAAGUAUCUAGAACUUGUAACAGAUAAACCAGAACUUAAUGUUGGCUCUAAACCAGGAAAUACACACUCUGUGGAUAAUUUAUACAGUAAUGACCUUUCAGUUUCUACUGUGCACUUUUUAAACCCAGGUUUUAAUUUCAUGUAAUAACUUCAGAUUUUUGUAUAUUUUCAAAUAUUAUGCAUUAACCAAUCUGGAUCAGUGCAGUAGUUGUCUAUUUUUGAGUUAUAUGUUAAACUGUCAAAGUGUACAUUCCUUUACUUGUUAAUAAUAGUUUAAAAAUUAGUUUUGAGACUUUUGGCCAUGCAAGCUGUGCAGUUACUGUGAAUGUAUUAUUCCUGUUCUUAACCCUUUUGAAUCAAUUGGAAUUGUGUGAAAUUCUAGAAAGCAUUCAAAGCCACAAGUAAACGGGAUCAUUAUUUUAUUUGAGACUGCAAUAGUGAAAACUUUUGUUGCUUCUAUUUGGCACUUUGGAUUUUGAAGUGAAGAGCACAAAGAGCUGAACUGGGAUACUUCUGUGAAAUUGCUUUAAGCCCUUACUUAGGCAUUUUGUUUACACAUGUAUGUAUAUAUAUUGGUUGAAAUAGCUGUUUAAAACUGGAGGAAAUUGUGAUUGUAAUUUGCCCCAAAAGAGUGAAACAACGUGUGUAGCAUAGAUCAGCUUACUGUGCUCUUAGAAUAAAGAAGCAUAUGAAUAUGUAGAUUUAAACACUGAAUUUGCUAGAAGUCUUUAUGGAAGUAAGUCCUGAUGGGUUCACUGGGGGGAUGCACACGGCUUUUCCUGUUCUUUGGGAAGUUCGUGAACUUCAGGCCUCUCCCAGGAUAUUUAAGUGAAGUCUAAUAGCACGAGUUUUCACAGCAUUGAUUCUUUUUUUAAUUUGGGUGCUGUGCUGCUCCACACUUUACACCCAUUUUCAGUUCCAUAAUUCGCAUUAUGACACUUACUUGUCUCACAAGGGUUUACUCUGAUAUCAGCUGUGUCAAUAAAUAUUAUUAGUAUGUAAUAAUAAAAUCAACUACACAGAACCA